UCCGCGUCGUUCUGCUCCCCGGCGUGAACCCGCCAUGGCCGCCAAGGAGCGCAGCCCCCGCCAUCGGCCAUGGUCGGUGUACCGGGCCAACACGUUUGAUCUCUCCGCCGAGAUGAUAGGGCUGGCUCUCUCGGGCAAAAGUCAGGAUCCGGACGAGCCUGUUCUGGAGUUUAGCGUAGCCUGCAGCGAACUUGUUACUCCGGCUCUGGACCGUAAGCCGAGCGGCUUCGUGGCCGUCAGCUGCACCACUCCGCCGCAGGCCUUCUGGACCAAGCACGCCCAGACCGAGAUCAUCGAGGCCACCAAUAAUCCCAUCUUCCUGAGCAGCAUAGCCUUCUUUCAUGACUCCAUGAUCACUCAUCAGACUCAGGUCAAGCUUUCGGUCUACGACGUGAAGGAUCGAGCCCAGGGCACGAUGUACAUGCUCGGUUCGGCCAUGUUCUCCGUGAAGGAGCUGCUGCAGGACAAGCACCACAGGCUUCACCUGGCCCUCAGGUCGGCGGAGAACGUGCGCGUGGGCAACAUCACCGUCAUCGCGUGGCAGGUGGAGGAGAAGCGGGAGCAGAGGGCUCCCGUGGCGCGGUUGCAGAGGGGAGACACCAUCAACGGACGGAUGGUUCUCCCCGUGGACGAGAGUCUGACUGAAUCCAUGGGGAUUAAGUCCAAGUCCUCGUCCCUGUGCAGAGACCCGCUGCUGAAGGCUGUGUUCGGCAGCGUCAUGUCGCGGACGUACCGCUUCCCCACCACCGACGGCAACCACCUGCGCAUCCUGGAGCAGAUGGCGGAGAGCGUGCUCUCGCUGCACGUCCCCCGGCAGUUCGUGAAGCUGCUGCUGGAGGAGGACGCCGUCAGGGUGUGUGAGCUGGAGGAGCUGGGCGAGCUGUCGCCGUGCUGGGAGAACCUGAGGAGGAAGAUCAUCACUCAGUACCAGACCAUCAUCCUCACCUACCAGGAAACCAUAAGUGACCUGCAUGAGUAUAAAGGCCCUACAUUUAAGUCCAGCACCUUAAAAGCUGAGAGGAAGCUGGAGUUUAUCCCCACUAACCUUCACAUCCAGAGGAUGCGGGUACAGGGGGAGACUGGUUAUGACUGGACGUAUGAUGUGGUGACCAUCGGAGCCCCUGCAGCACAUCAUCAGGGCUUUAAAGGCUGCGGACUCAGAAAACUGCUGCACAAGCUCGAGGAAUCCAGGAAACACGCCCACGAGGAGAGCCAAAGCUCGGCUGGCUCUGGCUCUAAGGUCAUGUCCUACCAGCCUCAGGAUGUGGUCAAAGCGAAGGAGCUGAUUGGUCAGAUAAACACUCUGAAGACGCAGGUGUGCUACUACACUGAGCGCCUGUCGCGAGCCGCCAAGGAGCGCUCCGCCAACGCGCUGGAGAGGACCCUGGCCCUCCUGACGGAGAAGACCCGUCAGCUGGUGACCGUGUGCGACUCCAAGCUGCUCUCCUGCGCCAUCCUCGCGCUCGCGGCCGCCUGCCCCGACGUCUCCCAGCGCGGCACCCCGUCCCCGUCCUCCUCCUCCCUCUCCCCCUCCUCCCGCUCGCCGUCCCGCUCCCCCUCCCGCCCCCCCACCUCCCCGUCUCGCGCCGCCACCUCGCCCUCUCGCCACGCGGCUCCGCCGGAGGGCGGCAAAAACAAGCGCGCCUCCACGCAGGCGGAUUUGCACGAGGAGUGGGAGAAGGUGUGGCUGAACGUCGAUAAAAGUCUGGAGUGUGUGAUCCAGAGGGUCGACCGGCUGCUGCAGCGAGACAAGCUGCAGAGCGACAGCAGCUCUGAUGACGUGUUCUCGCUCGCCAACGAGCAGCCAAGUAGCACCAAGAAAGACAAAAGCCCAGAAGUAGAAAAGUCGUCUCCAGGCGAGUGGAGCGACGCCCUGUACCCGCUCCUCUCCACGCUCACCGACUGCGUGACGCUGAUGAGCGACAAAGCCAAGAAGGCCAUGAUCUUCCUGCUGAUGCAGGACAGCGCCCCCACCAUCGCCAUGAGCCUCACGCUGCAGUACCGCCGCGACGUGGUCUUCUGCCAGACGCUGACGGCCUUGAUCUGCGGCUUCGUCGUCAAGCUGAGGACCAGCCUCUGCGACUCGGGCUUCCUCAGGCAGCUCCACACCAUCGGCUUGCUGGUGCAGUACGAGGGCCUGCUCAGCACUUACGGGGAGGAGCUGGCCAUGCUGGAGGACAUGGGCGUGGGCGUGAUGGACCUCAGGAACGUCACCUUCAAAGUGACCCAGGCCACGUCGGGCUUCUCCCCGGACAUGCUGCCGGUGAUCACCGGGAACAGGAGCGGCUUCAACGUCAGGGUCCCGUUGCCCGGGGCGAUGUUCGACACGCUGCCCCGAGAGAUCCAGAAUGGUAUGCUGCUGCGUGUGCAGCCCGUCCUCUUCAAUGUGGGGAUCAACGAACAGCAGACGCUGGCUGAGAAGUUUGGAGACACGUCACUGCAGGAAGUGAUCAACAUGGAGAGCAUGACUCGCCUCAGCUCAUACUACGAUCAGUUUAAAGAAGUCCUGCCAGAGGACUGCCUCCCUCGCUCCCACAGUACCACAAACCUGCCCGAGCUGCUGAAACUGCUGAGUCAGAACGUGAACUCAAAGAAAAGCAAGAAUGUGGAGAUUCUGUGGCAGGCGGCCGAGGCAUGCCGGCGCCUGAACGGGGUGCGCUUCACCAGCUGUAAAAGCGCCAAAGACCGCACGGCCAUGUCUCUGACCCUGGAGCAGUGUCAGAUCCUGCAGCAGGAGCACGCGCUGGCCCCGCAGGUCUUCUACCAGGCUCUGGACUGUAUGCGCAGUGAGGGCUGCAGGAGGGAGAACACCAUGAAGAACGUGGGAUGUCGCAAAUACGCCUUUAACGCUCUCCAGCUCAAGGCCUUCCCCAAACAGUACCGCCCUCCGGAGGGGACGUACGGGAAGGUGGAGACCUAAGCGGACUCAACAUGGAGCAAAACCAAAAGACUGCUGAGGGAAGUGACGACGGCCCCCACACUAAGAUAAAGACCGCCACCAACUGGAACAGCCCUUUGUUACGUGUGUAGCCACUGUUAAGAUGAUUGAUGUCUAAGUGCCAGUGCUACUGUAGAUCGACCCCUCUCUCCUCUUAGUAGAACUAUAGGUGACACCGUUUUCAUCACAGCAGAACCAGUAACCAUAUAUUUCUGUGUUACAUUGUAGCCAGUAUGCAGACACCACUCUGCACCAUGACCAGCAUCUAAAAGCAUACAGGCGCCAAAUUCAAAUCUAUUUAAAGUUUCUGCUGUUUUGGAGAGUGGAUGUGGCACAAAUCUCUGUGUCUGUCUAUUGCUUUUACAUCUCAUUUGGUCCCAGAUGAAUUACAGGCACAAACUAAGCAAGCGGCAGUUCAGUUUCUUACUCAAAGACACUUUAUCAUGUGGGCAGGAACCUGAAAUCAAACCACGAGCGCUACGGUUCAUCAGCAGCUCUUCCUACUGUGAUAUUCCAUAUAUUUCUCUUAUUGUCAACAAAUCUCAUGCAGAGACCAAAACCAGCAACUAACCAUUUAGUGUGUCUCCAAAGUCCCAAGUAGCUUGGUCUUAAAGUUAAAUAAAUUUAAAGUUAAAUAAAUUUAACUUUAAGUAAACAUUGCCAGACACUGCAAAUAAACGCUUUAUCUUCAACUAGUGUUAUUUUUAGUGUGGAGCGACAAGAGGUUCUGCAAACGCUCUAUGUUCCUUGAAAAGUUUUAGAAAUGUGUGUUCAAUUCAGUAAAUUUGUUGACAAUAAAAAAAAUAUAAAAUAAUGCCAGGCUCAUUAUUUAACUGUACUGAGAUCAGCUGAUUCGUCAGCUCUAAUAAGAAAUGGCAUGUGUAACAUCCUUGGUGCCAUGUGGAGCUGCCUGCAUGUGAAGUUGUUCGCUGUAGCUUUAAACCUAAAGGAUGCAGACGAUCGUUUUUUAAUCUAAAUUAUGCCUUUGCAUGUCGACAUAUUUUGCCCUGUAGGACAAACAUCAUGAGUCUGAAGGUCCCAGCCCUUACUUGAUUUGUUCAGUGCUUUUAGCUGUGUUUUGUUGUUGGCUUCGCCUCGUUUUCUUCUUCACAUUAGUCACAUUAGUAUUCAACGCACACUAUGUCUUGUAUAACAAGCACAGAUCUUUGAAAAGUACAUUUGUCACAUUACUCUGGCACAUUUAUAACACCUAAUAACGUCUUAUCAGGUGUGAACGACUCUACUGAUACUACACUGGAGGCAUUGAUGGGGAACUGGUUUGCUAAUGUUGGGCUGCAUUAUAUUAUUCUAUAGUUCUCAGAUACAGGUAACUUACAUUUGCCUUUUUCUCUUUUAAGCUUCCUUUUUGUUUUACACCUUAGUUGAAUUAUACUGAGGUUUAAAACAUAAAGAUUAAAAACCUGCCGAUACAGAAAUACCAGAUUAAGACCAGCCUCCACUUCUUCACACUUAAGAAAUGAUGCAUAUUGCAUUAUAUUACCAACCAUCAGUAACUCAUCUGUUGUCACUUCACAUUUGUACCUUGUUGUACAAAAACUACAGAGACCUGCUUUUAUUCUUAUUGUUUACGUUCAUAUGGCCGCAGUUACUUUUAACUAUUGAUGUUGAGUAAAUAUGACCUUGUUCGGAUUCAUCUGUGAAGCAGAGUUCGACAGGAGAGUUUCGGAGACAGCUGCAGCCCCACGAAGGAAUGAACUACUACUGGAUAAUCAAUAAAAGCUUAUCAAUGACA